AUGGAACACGCUCAUUCUUUGGCUGGACUCCUGCUCCUCAUCAUCAUCCAAAGCAGCUGGCAGGUGCCUGACCACCAUACAAACUCAAUGCUUUUAAGUGAGAACUCGGUUUCGAGUGAACCUCUCGAGAUCUCCAACGUGAAGAGACAUUCAGAGGGAACGUUUUCCAACGACUAUAGCAAAUACCUGGAAACGAGAAGAGCUCAAGACUUCGUCCAGUGGCUUAAGAACUCAAAACGAAACGGAAGUGUAAUUCGGCGCCACGCAGACGGCACGUACACCAGCGACAUGAGCUCGUACCUGCAGGAGCAGGCGGCUAAGGAGUUCGUCAGCUGGCUGAAGGCCGGACGAGGCAGACAGCAGUAG